UUAUAACAGCCCACACUGUUUUACAACCCUCACUCACUUCAGCAAAGACUGAACAAAGGCAGGCAGCAAGAUGAAGCACCUGCUGUUCUGGGGGAUUGCGUUUGCUGCAGUCUACAUCAGCCAUUCAAAUCCUUCAGAAAUCUGUCAUUUGAAACCUGAUGAAGGUGAAGGUCCAAGCUUCAUCUUUGCUUUGUAUUAUGACCCCAGCAAGGAUCAGUGCAAUCCUUUCAUUUACAAAGGACAAGCAGGAAAUGGCAACCGUUUUUUCAGUGAAAGAGACUGCAUAAGGAACUGUUCGGCCAGGAGAGAGAUGAUCUACCCAGUGGAUGUGACCAAAGCUUGCCACUUUAAAAAGGCCGAAGGGGAAUGCAGUGCUAAUUUGUUGAGAUACUACUACGAUUCUGUCCAUGACAAAUGCAAGAGAUUCCUCUUCAGUGGAUGCGUUGGAAACGGAAACAGGUUUCUUGACCAACUGAGUUGCAACGCCACCUGUUCUGGCAUCCACGAUGAUGGUGUGGAAGAGGAGGAAGAGGAGCCAGACACUCCUAUUGCAAUCAUCUGUGGAGUCCUGCUUGGCAUCAUUCUUGUCGCAGUCUUGAUAACUGUGAUCGUCUUGACCGUUCGGUCAAAGAAAAACAAAACGAAAGCACAGGGGAAAAAUAAAGAACCUAAGUCUGGCACACCUCUUCGGGAAGGGGAGAUUGAAAUGGCGUAGACAACAUGGCACCAUGAAGGUGACAUUUAUCAGCAUGGAUGUUUAUUAUAACACUAAUUGUCUUAAUACCAAACCUAACUGAUUAAUGAAUUAAAGUUGAAUUUAGAUUUUUUUCUACUGACUAAAAUCCAUUAUUUUCAUGUUUUAUUUCAUGUUUUUAUUUCAAUGUGUGCAGAGUGAUGUUUCUUAAGUUGUGUUAUUCCCUGAGGCCUUAUACUGAAUUAUACUUGGGCAAUUUAAAUAAAUCUUAUAUCAAAGUUUAAUCAAAAGAAACCACAGUGGCAAAAAUUUGUCAAUUGAUUGAUCAGUGGUUUAACUGAAACCAUUAUAUUAAAUAAUGAAUCGUAGUAUUUUUUCCAGGAAGACUGUCAAUGGUUUUCUUUGUUCAAACUAUUUGUUAUUGGAAUGAUUUCCAGCUGCUCUGCUGUGAUAGACAGAAUAUAGUUGGGUCAGCUGGAGGAAGCAAUUUGGAAGUUGUGACAGACAUUUCUCACAAUGUGUAUACACUAACACUCGAGAACAAACAGGCGCAGAACUGUAUUAUUCCCAAAACUCACCUGCUUAUGCAAAAUAACCUCAAUGCUGUCUUCUUGUGAGGAUUUCUGUUUUCCCAGCAUUUGAGCAUAUGGCUCAAAGAUUGGCUGAAAAUCUGAAGUCUUCUGUAGGAACCUGUCAAUCCUAAACCCAAUACAUAUUUAGAGGUGUUUUUGUGAAGUGCAUGCCCUCUCUGUUAUGUUUUCUGGGUCAGCAUUUGUGAAUCUUGAAAUGUUUAUGCUCAUGCUUUGUAUUUCGGAAAUAAAAGAGGUUUUGCAUAACAA